CGUCGGUUGAAGUUUUCUGCGUUAUUUCUAUAAAUGUUUCUGUGUUAUUUUUAAGUGUUUUAUUGAAUGAGAUACGAAAAAUUUCGUAAAUUUAUUUGACCUUUAAGUAUCAGCUGUUUACCGUGUCACUUUUUGACAAAACAGGACAGUUAAUAAACUGCACAAUUUUAAUUGCUACGUGACGAGCUACUUAUAAACAAUGGCUGGGAACAACCCUUACAACAAAUUACUGAAGAACCAUAAUAUAGGGGGAAAGGAUUACACAUUUUAUGAUCUUAAAUCUUUUGGAGAAAAAUAUGAUCGUCUACCAUAUUCAAUCAGGAUUCUCCUGGAAUCUGCUGUCAGAAAUUGCGAUAAUUUCCAAAUUAAAGAGAAAGAUGUUGAGAAUAUCUUGAAUUGGGAACAAAAUUCAACUGUUGAAGGGGGUAUUGAAAUCCCUUUUAAGCCUGCUCGAGUAAUUUUACAAGAUUUCACAGGGGUGCCAGCGGUGGUGGAUUUUGCUGCUAUGAGAGAUGCAGUAAAAACUUUGGGGGGCGAUCCGAAAAAAAUUAACCCCAUCUGUCCCGCAGAUCUGGUUAUCGAUCAUUCCAUACAAGUAGAUUUUAUUAGAACAACUGACGCUUUGCAAAAAAAUCAAGACAUGGAGUUCGAGAGGAACAAAGAGAGGUUUAUGUUUUUGAAAUGGGGUGCCAAAGCUUUUAAUAACAUGUUGAUUGUGCCACCUGGUAGUGGUAUUGUUCACCAAGUAAAUUUGGAGUAUCUUGCAAGGGUAGUUUUUACUGGAAAGGAUGAACCAAUGCUGUACCCAGAUACUGUUGUUGGUACCGAUUCCCACACCACCAUGAUCAAUGGUCUGGGAGUUUUGGGGUGGGGUGUCGGCGGCAUUGAAGCUGAAGCUGUCAUGUUGGGCCAAGCGAUUAGCAUGCUACUACCGGAAGUGGUUGGUUACAAACUUCACGGGGAACUGGGGCCAUACGUUACAUCCACCGAUUUGGUCCUAACAAUAACGAAACAUUUGAGGCAACUUGGUGUGGUUGGAAAGUUUGUGGAGUUCUAUGGGCCUGGAGUUUCAGCUUUGUCCAUUGCUGAUAGGGCUACAAUUGCCAAUAUGAGCCCUGAAUAUGGAGCGACUGUGGGAUUUUUCCCCGUGGAUGAAAAUUCCUUACUGUACCUUAAACAAACAAGUCGUACCGAAGAACAAGUGAAACUAAUUGAAGCUUACCUGGUCGCCACCAAACAGCUGCGCGAUUUUAACUGCGAAGAGUGCGACGAACCAGCCUUCACGAGAACCGUCGCAUUGGAUUUGGCAACGGUGGUUUCCUCGGUGAGCGGUCCGAAAAGACCUAACGACAGAGUUUCCGUCUCCGAUAUGAAGAAGGAUUUCCACGAUUGUCUGACCAACAAGGCUGGAUUCAAAGGCUUCGGCAUUCCCGAAAACAAACUAAGUACCAAAGCCAACUUUAUGUUUGACGGCAAGCAAUACACCAUAACUCACGGUAGCGUCAUAAUAGCCGCCAUAACCUCUUGUACCAACACCAGCAAUCCUAGCGUCAUGUUAGGAGCAGGUAUGUUGGCCAAAAAUGCCGUGGAAGCCGGCUUAACCGUCGCCCCCUACAUAAAAACAAGUCUAAGUCCCGGAUCGGGAGUCGUCACCUACUACCUAAAAGAGUCCGGGGUUAUUCCGGCUCUCGUGCAACUUGGUUUCGAGAUUGUAGGUUAUGGUUGCAUGACUUGUAUCGGCAACAGCGGCGGGCUUGAUGAGAACAUCGCUGAUGCCAUCGAGAAGAACGAUUUGGUUUGUUGCGGCGUCUUGUCCGGAAACAGGAAUUUCGAAGGCAGAAUUCAUCCGAACACCAGGGCCAACUAUUUGGCCAGCCCUUUGUUGGUUAUAGCCUAUGCUAUUGCCGGCAGAGUGGAUAUUGACUUUGAGAAAGAACCUCUGGGCAAACGCGCGGACGGCAUGCCGAUCUUCCUGAAGGAAAUCUGGCCGACGCGCGCCGAAAUCCACGCCGUCGAGCAGAAGCACGUCAUCCCCGCCAUGUUCCAGGAAGUGUACAGCCGCAUCCAAGAGGGCUCGUCCAACUGGCAGACCCUGGUCGCGCCGGCCGGACAACUGUACCCGUGGUCCGACGAGUCCACCUACAUAAAAAGGCCGCCGUUCUUCGACGGCAUGACGAGAGACCUGCCCACCAGGCCGCCGAUCAAGGACGCCAGGGUUUUGUGCUACUUCGGGGACUCCGUGACCACCGAUCACAUCAGUCCUGCCGGCUCGAUCGGCAGGACGAGUCCCGCCGCCAAGUUUCUGGCCAUGAGCGGCAUAACGCCGAGAGAGUUUAACUCGUACGGCUCCCGAAGGGGUAACGACGCCAUCAUGGUCAGGGGCACUUUCGCCAACAUCAGGCUGGUGAACAAGUUUAUGUCGAAGCCGGGCCCUAAAACGAUCUAUUUUCCUACCAACGAGGAAGUGGACAUUUUCGAGGCUUCCGAACGUUACAGGAACAACAACACGCCGCUAAUCGUCCUUGCCGGCAAGGAUUACGGUUCGGGAUCCAGCAGAGACUGGGCCGCUAAAGGGCCUCACCUUCUGGGUAUAACAGCAGUAAUAGCUGAAUCCUUCGAGAGGAUUCACCGCUCCAACUUGGUGGGUAUGGGCAUAGUGCCCCUGCAGUUCCGCGACGGUCAAACGGCGGAAUCUCUCGGUUUAAGCGGCAAAGAAAUCUACGACAUCGAAUUGGGCUCCGAUCUGAAGCCCGGUCAAACGGUUAAGGUUAAAACAAACUCCGGUAAAAACUUCGAGGUAACUCUGAGGUUUGACACGGAGGUCGACUUGCUCUUCUACAAAAACGGAGGUAUUUUGAAUUACAUGAUUAGACAGAUGUUGGUCUAAAGAGGUAACUGCUUAUAUUUAUUUUUUUUUACAAUUAAAUUGGCGAUGAAUGGGUCCUAUUUUAACGGCUUAUUUACUUAGACAUAUAUUUUAUAAAUAUACUUUUAUACUUGUGUUAUAAGGUGACAGCAAUAAAGAAAACAAAAUUA